AUGAGUACCAGUUUAGAGAAAGAUUUAACAACCCAUGAUGUCAGAAGUAUCUGCAGUGAUGAUAGUUCCUAUUUAGAAUACACCCCAUUAAAUAGUCACAUGGACACCACACACAACAUUAACAGCAUAGACUACAUUUCAACUCGAUCUGCGCCUCGUAGACAUUCCUUCACAGCCACUAUUCCAAGGUACUUCCAACUAGAAAACAUUAGAAAAGCUUUGAAUAAACCAUGCCAUAAUUCAAGAAGGUUGAAUCCCACACUAUAUCAUUCAUUGGCCAAUAAUCAAGAAUGUCAAUUUUGCCAUAAUCCAAAUAACGAAAUGGAACAUAUCUAUGAUUCAUAUAAUCAUUAUGAACAAAAUAAGUCGUAUAGGCAUAAAAUAGAGAACGUUAAUCAAAAAAAUUUGAAACAUAUUAAACAUCAGGCAACCAAAGAAGAAAUUUUAUUAAAUCAAAAGAUGAUUGAUGAUUUUUGGCUGGAAGGUAAUAUACCUGAUGAAAUGGAUUUUGAUGUUUCAAGUGAUGAAGAGGAGGACACAGGGGAUAGUAAUUAA